AUGGAUCCUCAGGGGGAACUGUGUGCCCAGGCCGGCAGCCGUGUGUGGGGAGGGCCCUGCCUGACCGUGCAGAGGCAGUGGGCCUUGAGCUUCGCCCAACAACUAACUCCUCCUCUAGCCCAAAGGAGGUGUCCCCUGGUCACAGAUGAGAUUCCCUGUGAACUGACCUUCCACCUGGCCCCCAGGCCUGGCAGCAGCAGGAGCCACCUACUUCUCCUUAAACCCCCUUGGUGCAAUGCAACUGGACACACGUGGGGAGCCCGGCAGGUCCCUGGAGAUGAGGAGGACAACAGACAGCCUCUUCAGCUUCAGCUUAUCCUACGCAUUGUGUCUGCAGAAUAUCGCAGGUUUGAUGAGCUGGAGGUAACUCUAUUGAAAUAUCGAAAGGGAAAGGUCUGUGAGUUUCGUGCCUCACAGAGGGCCCUGUGCCUCGCUUCGGGCAGGACCCUGGACUUCAGGAAGUGGAUGGACUGGAACUUCCGGCUGCAGCUCUUAAACUUGGAUGUUGGUUCCUCUGUAAAAUGGGACCUGGAAGCCUUCCUUGUGGAGCCACAUGGGCCGUGGGCCAGUGUCCCGCAUGCACAUGUGUCUGUCAUUCCUUAUCCACUUACGUGUCUUCCUGCAGACAGCACAGAGGAGACACAGUCUCCAUUUACUGGGCAACAGGUGAGAGCGUCUGAGAAAUAUUACUGGAUAAUAACUCACAAAGAUGGUCUCAAGGAGCUGGACUGUUUGAGGGUGACAUCAAACUUCACAUCUUAGGAUAUGUGCACAAUUUGCCAAACAUCCUACAGAAAAUAUCCUGUGUAACAGCUACACUGCUGUCUCAGCAGACCAGGCAAACCAUAGCAUGUUCUGGGCCCUUGCAACAAAGUGAGGUCCUUGGAGUAGCAGCCUGGUGUCACCUGCAGCAGCUUUGCAUGGCAGACUCCCAGGCCUUCCGUGGCUCCGGGGCAGACAUCACCCUGGCUACUGGUCCCAUGUGGCUACUGAGUCCUUGCCGCGUGGUUAGUGCCACACAAUGAAACCAUACUAUUGGGGUAUGUUAGGUUACAUAAAGGAUCUCAUUAACAUUAAUUUCACCUGUUUUUUCCAACUUUACAAAGAGCAUGGCCACCAAGAAAUCAUACAUUACACAUGUUACUUCUGUUUGUUUCCACUGGACAGUGCCGCCGUCAGAUGAUCAUUUCAGAACCCCCAGCUUAGCAAGACCCCUGAGUAAUCUUGAUGCUAGGUAAAGCCACUGUAGGGCCAGGUGGCAAACUACAGCCUGUGGGCCCCACCCGGCCCCACAUGUUUCUGUGAACUGAGUUUCAUAGGAGCACAUCGUGCCGUUUUGCUCACACAGCGUGUGUGGCUCCUCUGUGCUUCGGGUGGAGCUGAAUGGUUACACCGGAGCGCUGUUGGCAGCAAAGCCCCGCGAGCCACCUGCCCCUGUACGGACUAGGUUUCCACAUGCCCUCCUCUCGGUGGCGCUGUGUCCUGCCACCUGGUCUCUGCCCCCACGUGCCCGUUUAUGUCCCUGGCACGGGUGCCCAUGGUGCAAAGUGCCAUUGGAGGGCCACCUCUUUCCUGGAAGUCACAGAGAAGGCCAAGGAUCCUUUGGCCACGUGAUGGAAGAGAUUAAAAGAUGAUUUAAGAUCAAAAUUCCCCGGCCACACUGGAAAGGCCCUUUGAGGUCACCUGGUGCUCUCUUGCUUGGUGAUAGGUAAAACAAGGCCCCAGGAGGAAGUGGGGGAUUGUGGUGGCAGCAGCCGAAGGAGCAGGUGGGAACCUGGCCUCUGGGUGUCACCUCUGGUUGUUUUUGUUUUCUCAGAUCAUGGUGUGGGUCGGACAGACCCUGUAGGGCACAGCGGAUGGGAGGACACAGAAGUGUGGUGUGCAGACAAGGCAGAGCUUUGUCCCUUAUGCUGACACCAUGUCUUU